GUAAUUUAAGAAUUAACACAAAUGUACACAAAUUAACAUAAAAUAUAUUUCAGACAAACCUAAAGAUGUCAAUUCUUUUCUACGAAGAUUUGUAGACGACAUGAACGUGUUGCUGCAGCAUGGAAUUUCAAUAAAUAAUCGCGCCAUCGAAGUUACCCUAAGAUGUUUUGUUUGUGACACCCCAGCUAGAGCCAUGCUGAGAGGUGUAAUUGGGCACAACGGAUACGCCUCCUGCUUGAAGUGUGUUACGGAGGGGGAGUAUUGUUAUUCACAUGGGAAGAUGAUCUUUCCAGAGCUGAAUGCAGCUCUACGAACCGACUCAGCAUUCCGCUCCCGAACCUACGAAGGCCAUCAUAAACAUGACUCUAUCCUCGAGGAAAUAACUAGACUUGAUAUGAUUAAGGAUUUCCCGAUUGGUGAUGCCUUGCAUUUAAUUGACCUUGGGAUUACAAAACGGUUUUUGGUUGGUUGGAAAUCCGGAAUCUUGGGAAAUCAGAACGCCAGAUGGUCUGCCGCUCAAAUUCAAGAAAUCAGCAAUUUUUUGAAAUUAUGCAAGCUGCCCAAGGAAAUUCAGCGCCCUUUGCGUGGGCUAGAGAACUUACCUCGCUGGAAAGGCACAGAGUUUAGAACUUUUCUUUUAUACGCAAGUAUUGUUGUCGUUACAAAGUUUUUCACGUCUAAGGAGAUUAUUGAUCACUUCCUGCACUUCUUUUGUGCCAUUCAAAUCUGCAGUCGUCAAAAUCAAUCUAUUAAUAACUACAAAGUAGCUCGAUGCCUUAUCAAAGAUUUUCUGGAAGGCGUGAAAAUUUUAUACGGAGAUCACAUGUUCUGUAGUAAUUUACAUAGUUUAAUCCACCUUGUGGACGAUGUUGAACGGUUCGGCCCGUUGGGAAAAUUUGACGCGUAUCCGUUUGAGUCCAAGCUUUUCUGUAUAAAAAAUCUAAUUAGGAGUGGGAAUAAACCUCUUUCCCAGGUUGCGAAAAGGAUUAUUGAAAUUCAGCAAAAUGUCAAUGUACUUGAUACAUCUGAAGAAGAUCAAAGCCCACAAUUAAUAGCUCAGUUAGGUUCGGAAGAGGCUCCACAAGAAUUAGCCACUUUAAUUAAUGAAAAACAACUUGAGCUGUACGCAGGGAUUAAAAUCAAAAACUUUUGUAUAAAUUCGAAGCAUAACGAGGAUUCUUGGAUCAUUUCUAAGCUAAAAAAUAUUUUUAAGAUUACACUAGUCCUGCACGAUACUGGAGAGCGGUUUGUGCUGUCAUCGAGUGCGGAUCGUUGUGCUUCGCGUGUGCGGUUUUUUGUGUUUUUAGGCUGUUUUGGGAAGUGUUUGUUCCAUGUUUUGUGUGAUUCGGCCCAUGUUUGUGCUGGGAUUGCUUUUGCGGUCGAGUUUUUGAUGGUUUUAUGUUCUUGCUCUUCGUCCGUGUUCUCCGGCUCCUGCUCCUCUUGUAUGAACUCGUUGCUCUCGUCCUGA